AGAUAUGAAGCAGACGAAUAUAGAACAAGCAAAGAAAAAAGAUCGUUGGCAUAUUAGUGUCAUCUCAUUUUCUUGGUGAGUAGGCGAGUGGCCCAGAAAAAUAUAAAGAACUAAUCUAAUCUAAACCCUUAAUCUAUUUAUUAACGGGUCUCCAGCAGUCUCUCAAUAUUGAUCGCCUGAGAGAGAGAGAGAGAGAGUGAGAGAGAUGGAGGAGGAUAAGGGAAGGUUAUGCAGGAGGUGCAAACAAAGCUACAGUCCUGCCUCCAACACUCCUUCCUCAUGCCGCUUCCACCCUUCUUUCUUCGUCUGUCGCCGUCAUGACGACCAGAAAAGGUACUAUGAAUUGGGACCCAAAGAUCCGCCGUACGCAGCCAAGUUCUAUGACUGUUGUGGGGCUGAGGAUCCUGAGGCAUCCGGUUGCACUACCAGUUUCCAUGUUUCAUAUGAUGAUGAUUGAUGUAAUAUCUCUCUUUCUUCAUUUCAGUCUUGCACUAUAAAAAUAAAUCUGUGCAUAUCUCCAGUAAUCUCCUCCAUUAUAUAUACUAAUUUUGAUAUGUAAUUGGGUUUCUUAAUGUCUUUGCAUGUUUCAUGAGAGUCAUAGGGUUGUGUAGUUUAGGCACGUCAAUUCUAUUGCUGCUGGCUAGUUGUGUUGUGAAAUAAAGUUAGACAAGACGUCACUAUUCUAUGAUGAAA